CCAUACGCGCUGACCCGUUUGACUAAGGCUGUCGAGCCCCACUGUCGCGGAAAUGCGUUUCAGUGGCAAACCGUUCCGGUAUGGCAUAACAGGACUAAAAGAAGCCCGAGGACAAUCUGAUUGGUUGGAUGAGGGAGCAGUGAGCUCUGGUUGGCUGUCGGAGAAUCAUUAAACACCCACACUGUCAAUAGUGAGACCCACAUGGUGGGUAUAUAGGCAGGUGUAUUGUAGCUUAAUGCAACAGACUCAAAAUUUCAUCAAGUUGAAAUAUCCCCUCUAUUUUGGGACGACUCUUUUCUAUACUCUCUCUAUUGCACGAAGCUGAACAUCUUACAAGGGGACCAUGGUUAUGUUGAAGAUCUCCGCUUUCCUUGUUGCCUACGCACUGAUUAUUUGUCAGAUGUACAGCUCUAAUGCAGCUCCUGCCAGGCCUGCGCUGGAAUCAUCACCAGAUCGAACUACGCUUACUGACUACGAAGCGAGAAGAUUGCUUCACGCAAUUGUCAAAGAAUUCAUGCAGAUGACCGCAGAGGACAUGGAACAACAAGCCACUGAGGAAAACAGUAUUACGACACAGAAGAGAGCCUGUAACACGGCCACAUGUGUGACCCAUCGCCUGGCAGAUUUCCUGAGCCGCUCGGGGGGAAUCGGAAGCAGCAAAUUUGUCCCCACUAAUGUGGGCUCCCAGGCGUUCGGCAGACGAAGGAGGCUCAGUCAGGAGUAGUCAAAUAAAUGGGUCUUCGUGAAAUGGUCACCAAUCUACACGUCCACAGUCCUUCUUUGAUCGCUGUCAAUAAAAGAGAAACCAUCAUGUCCUCAUUAUGAACCCUGGGAAUGGAAACUCCUCACUUUCAUCUGAAUGGACUCCAGUUGAUAGCACUGAUCGUUUCCAUCCAGCCAGACAUCAUAACUGCAUAUUUUGUUGGCUCUUCAACAAAGCAUCAUAAGUUUAAAAAAAGAAUAAGAAACGACAAAGCCUUGAUGAUCAGUAGGCUAACCAUCAUUUUUCUACUCGUUUGGAUCCGAGGAAGAGCAUUGGUUCAUUCUUUCCUCUCAGCAAGAGAGCACAUUCAGUAUGUACAGUCGGGUUUGGCCCUUGUUCCUUUAAUGUGUCUCAGCACAUUACGGUAUUUUGGGGGAUCAUAUUAAAGCAGUGCCUCAUAAAAAGGCUUCCCUGAUUAUGGAUGUGUCUUGUGCCUUGAUGUAACACACUUUACAUGCCGCUGUUGUACAGUAUGUUUGAAUUAAAGGAGGGAGGUACUACCACUGAAUUACAAAUUGUAACAAUUGUGAAUUUGAGCAAGAUUAAAAUGUAUUUUAGAUACAUAAGGUUUGGGGUACUUGAUUUAUUGACUGACUGGUUGUUUCCGUAAUUGGUCUGCAUAGUCUUACCCAUGCCCCUUUCAUGUCACGCUCGAUUUCGCAUUUCUGAAACAACAAGAAUUAAAUGACAACCACAUCAAGUUUCAGCAUUGAUUUGUCCAGUUGUUCUGAAUGCCAGUUUAAAAGGUCAUAAUCCAAUGGAGCACUGAAAUAGGUCUUUACUGGAAGUGUCUAUUUAAGAAAUCCAAUUUGUAAACCAACGUUAAUCAAGCAUAAUUCAUUUUAAUUCAUGAAAAUAUUUAACAGGAGACAAAAAAAAAUCGAAAUCUUAUUUCUACAUCUGAAUAAUAGUAGUAUGGUGGUUUGUUCGAGUAAAAACAAAGCCUUUGCAUCACUGCUUUGUGUUUUGUAGCCCCAGAGACAUGCUUUAUUUGUUUUUAUUGGGUCCUCUGUGCAAAUUACAGUGACAGCAGCCAUUCUGUAUAAACCCUUCUGGGAACCGUUUGUCAUGAUUCUGGGUUUUUUUUUGUGUGUG